CCAAUAAUAUAUACCAGCUGGGUCAGAGACAAAAUUCGUACAAUCUAUUUAGCUUCAAAAUUCAUAGUGAAAUACUGAAAAUGUAUUUCUCUGAUAUAAUUAUCGUGUGAGAUUAUCACUGAUAUGUCCGAGCCAUCACCAAAAUUGCGAAGAAUUUGGUGUUCGUUAAAUAGCUCAUCAUAAGCAAGACAAGUCAACGAUUGAAGUUUUUUUUUGGAGUAUCCGUGUUUUCCAUAUCGUUCUAUUGAAUUUUAUAUGAUGGCCGAAUUCGUACUCCGUGCUAAAACAAAAUCAGGUCAGAAAGUCGUGAACGGAUUGUCAUCGAACAAGACUGUAGCCGAGUUGAAACGGAAAUUAUCGGAACUGACAGGGAUUGAUAUUAAUGCCCUUCUUGUACGCAAUGGAUUUCCACCGAAGGUACUGAAUUUAAGUUGUUCAAAUUCAACACUGAGUGACACUGGUAUUGUAUCUGGUGAUACUCUCAUUGUUGAGGAGAAAAUCAAUGUGUGCAAUGGUGAAAAGGAGUCAAGGUCGCAUAUCGUUGAUAGCGAACGAUUCACUGACACACCUGGUAUGCUCAUGAAAAAAAUUGUUCCUGCCGACAAUUCGUGCCUUUUUACCAGUGUUGGAUAUGUACUCAAUGGUAAAGUUGAUCCAACGUGCAGCGAUUUCAUGCGUGAGAUAAUAGCUAGUGCUGUUGCUUCUAGUCCUGAAGAAUACUCCGAGGCGAUACUUGGAAAACCCAAUUCGGUUUAUUGCGAAUGGAUUCUUAAAACUGAUUCCUGGGGUGGUGCCAUUGAAGUCUCCAUUCUCUCGAAAUUUUUUGGUUUGGAAAUAGCCGUUGUCGAUAGUGUUAACGGUAUAAUCAAUAGAUUCGGGGAGGACCAACAUUAUGCUCAAAGAGUUUUCCUCAUUUUUGAUGGAAUACAUUAUGAUCCGCUUUAUCUCGAGCCACACGACGGUGGAAGGAUACAAACAAUCUUCCAAACGGACGAUGAGAAGGUACUUUUAGAAGCUGGCCAAUUAGCCAAAGAGGCUAAAUCUAGUCGUCAAUAUACGGACGUACAAAAUUUUACUGUCAAAUGUCUGGAUUGCAACAUUCAUCUCGCUGGACAAACUGCUGCUAGUCAGCAUGCCAAGGAGACUGGCCACACGAGUUUUGGGGAAAUAGCGUAGCAUCGUUAAAAUGAUCCUUUGACGAAGGAUUGAUUACGUGAGAAAUCACUGGACCACUCGAUUGGAAAUCAAACAAGACAUUACCUGAAAUCACUGAAGAUUAGGUGAUUUUCCGUUCCGGCAGUGAUUUCUAAUGACGUCUGAAAAUCAUUGAAAAACAGUAGAACUCAUGACGAAAUCGGGUGAUUUCAGAAAUAAUUAAAUAUCAUUGAUGAAAGUGAAA